AUGGGAUGCAUUCAGAAGUACUCAUCUUUCAAAGUCAUAAUUUUUUUAAUACAAGAUCUGAAUAUUAUUUUUAAGGGGAAUUUACAUAUGGUGCAACCUUUAUUUACUGAAUCAGCAAAGAAUACAUAUUCCAAUGAUGAUAAUUUAAGAGAGGAAAAGUUUAGAGUGUUUUAUGGUACAUUUGUAGAUACACCAGUUUUAGGUGAAUUUCGAAUUCGUUAUCAAACGUCUGUUGGUGUAGAAUCGAGAUCAGGUACUAUAUUGUUCAUUAAUGAAAAUUCAUCAGAUCCUAUGGGAGAUGUCUCUAGAUUUGAUCCAACUAUCGAAGAAUCUAAUGUGGAAGUUAUCGAGUUGAAGUCCCAUUUUACAUCGUUUUUCUUUCCAGGUUUUAUUGAUACACAUAUUCACGCAUCUCAAUAUCCGAACACUGGUAUAUUUGGUAAGUCUACAUUGUUAGAUUGGUUGAUCAAGUAUACUUUUCCUUUAGAGCAAUCAUUAGAGAAUGAUGAUAUUUCUAAAGAUGUUUAUACAAAAAUAGUUAAGAGAACUCUCUCUCACGGAACGACUACAGCAUGUUAUUAUACCACCAUACAUGCUAGUUCAGCAAAAAUAAUGGCCCAAAUUUGCUCUAAACUAGGUCAACGGGCCAUGAUUGGGAAAGUGUGCAUGGACUUAAAUAGUCCUGACUUCUAUACUGAGAAGAAUGUUAAUGAUUCUUUAAAAUCUACGCUGGAUGUUGUUGAUUAUAUAUUCAAUGAAAUUAAAAAGCCAAUUAUAUUACCAGUCUUAACUCCUCGGUUUGCACCUAGUUGUAGUAGAGAAUUGAUGCUGGGUUUAUCAAAAAUUGCAUCAUCUUAUCCCGAUGGGCUACAUAUUCAAACACAUCUUUCAGAGAACAUUAAAGAAAUAAAUUGGGCGAAAGAGCUAUUUCCUGAGUGUAAGUCAUAUACCGAAAUCUACAAUAAAUAUGGAAUGUUGAGCAACAAAACCAUCCUUGCUCAUUGUAUUCAUUUGGAUGAUGAUGAAAUCAAAUUGAUUAAAGAAAACAAAAGUGGAAUUUCACAUUGUCCAAUAUCUAAUUCAUCACUGACCUCUGGCGAAUGCAAAGUUCGUGAGUUAUUAAAUGAAAAUAUUAAAAUAGGACUUGGUACUGAUGUGUCAGCUGGAUAUUCGACAAGCAUACUAGAUAAUGCCAGACAAGCACAUUUAGUCUCUAGACAUUUAGCCAUGAAAUAUGAUAAUAGAGAAAAAAGGGAUAGUGUAAAACUAUCGGUGGAAGAUGUUUUGUAUUUGGCAACAUUGGGAGGAGCCAAGGUACUUGAAUUAGAUGAUAAAAUUGGAACGUUUGAUAUUGGAAAACAUUUUGAUACUCAAUUGAUAGAUCUUAACGUUAAAGGCUCGCCAGUUGAUGUAUUUGAUUGGCAAAUUCCUGAUAUUAAUAACGGUAAUGAAAAUGAUAUAUUCACUUUAAAGGAAUUAUUGUAUAAAUGGUUUUUCAACAGUGAUGAUCGUAACGUUGCAAAAGUAUGGGUCGACGGACUUGAGGUUAUUUCAAAAUAA